AUGUUCGUUUCUACUCUCAUUCUCUCGCUCAUCGCCUCGGUCGCGGCCGACUGCGCCACCAAGAACAACACUGGCGCCACCGCCCCCGGUUCCAAGGCCCAGUGCACUCUCCAAUUCGACGGCCGCAUCCCCAAGGCUUUCACCGCCGCCGACUUCGAUGGAAAGACCAGCCCUUUCAACACUGCCAACGUCUUUGGCAAGGGCCUGAAGUUCAGCGAGCUCAUCCAGCUCCCCCAGGGUGCCUCUUCCCUGUUCGACGUCAACUCCACCAAGCCGUUCGAGGUUACCAUCAACGACAAGUCCAUCUUCGCUCCCAGCGAGACCAACGUUCAGGUCGGCUUCCGCCGCGCUGAGAUGCUGCCCCUCAGCAACGACGGAAAGGAUGCUUCCACCCAGGGCGUCAAGACCCUCCACUUCAGCUUGAUGAAGGAUGCCCAGCGCCCCCUGAACCUGUCCCACGAGUACCAGCUUGUCUUCCUCGAGAGCGCCGACUUCAGCACCAACCAGGUCGUCCUCAAGACCGGUACCAUCCUCGGCCAGAACACCGCCGACCCCGACACCCUCCAGCUCUUCGGCAACGUCAACUCCAGCCCCGUCCCCGAGCUCUUCAAGACCAAGUUCACCGAGGGUGUCUUCCACAACUUCGCCGUCAAGCUCGACUUCACCAAGAACACCACUGAGGUCUUCUACUCCCAGGGCAACUCCGCUCUGAAGUCCCAGGGCACUGCUGUCACCAACAACAUUGCCGGCCAGGGUCAGUUCCACUUCGGUAUGCUCAAGAAGCCCGUCAACGGUGGCAGCGACAUCACCAAGAGCGGUGACCAGCCCGCCAACAUCAACGAGGGCAUCAUCUACGGCGGCAUCUUCCAGGAGGACAGCUCUACCGGCUGCAUCUCCCUGUCUCCUUAA